UUUAUUGAAAAGGAAGUUAACUCUAGCUGUCACUAUUGAAACAACUCAGUUACAAUUAUUUUGUCAGUCUGACCCUCACACUAUAGAGGGGAGCUUUAGUGACAGAGCACUGGGAGACAUCAGAUAUUCCCGGAACAGCAAGGAUCCUGAGACCCCCUGUCUGCUCACUAAUUGGUUCGGUCUGACUGGCAUCAAUGAAAGACAAGUGUAGUAGUGAGAAAAAAAAUUUACACAUUAAUUUCUCUUUGUUUGUAGAAUGUGUAAGCCCUGCUGAAUCCUCUCUUGUGUUCUAUAUAGCUGGUCAAUAACGUCUUCCUCCUCUGAAUCAGGACAAUUAUCAGUCAGUUGAGGACAUCUGCCCCCUCUAAGGAUAUUAGAGAACACUUAUUUUGGUGAAGGAUGGCGUCACAGUUUGAUUCUCUCCUCGACUUUGGGGACUCCAAUACAGGUGAUUCCAAGUCAACAAACAACCAGAUGACGGACGAUUUCGACCCAUUCAGCUCUCCCUCCCCCCUCGAUGCCAAGGGAGGCUCCGGGAUGGACUUAAUGGGAGAAUUUAAUUUUGAUGCUCAGUUCAACAGUACUCAGAACUCAUCCUCUAAUGGUCACGGAGUGUCUGUGAAUUCCAGUUACGAUUUAAAUCCACUUUACGCCCUGUCUAUGCAACAAGACAAUAUGGAAGAUACAGAACCAGUUAAUCCUUUAUAUGACAUGAACUCCGUCCCUGAAGUUCAAAAGGGUGAUUUGAUGAUGUCUUCAGGAUCUUCAAAUCCUAUGUAUGAUUUUUUGUCUUCCGAGGGAACAAAUGGUCAUGCUGAUUCCAAUGACCUACUUAGACUAGACUCUUCAAAUCAAAAUGAUGCUCUUCCAAGUGAAGAAAAUCAAGUGAAUGGUUCCAUUGAAAAGGAUGCAUGUGCCAAUCAAAGUGGAGAUUUAGAAGGACUAGAUCAAAAUGGUGGUCAAGCUAUUGAAGAUCUUGAUCCCUUCGGCGUAAAUGUUGAAACUACACCUGUUGUUGAUGAGCUCUCGACCAAAAAUGAAUCAAUUGAAGAACUCGAACAAGAAAGUGGGUCUUUUGAACAAGAGGGAGGUUCCAGCACCUCCGGAGAACUUCUAGUCGACAGUGAUGUAUCAAACACAAGGCUUGUUCCAGAGGAGGACAUAAAAGAAGAAACCACAGAACCAAAGGAGUCUGAGGACCUUUUAGGAGGAUCCGUGGAACCUCAGGAGUCUGGGGACCUUUUAGGAGGAGCCGUGGAACCUCAGGAGUCUGGGGACCUGCUAGGAGGAGCUGUGGAACCUCAGCAAACAGAUGAAAUGAAAGUGGAGGAUCCUGUUGAGGAGAAUGUGGAACAGGAGGAACAACUUUUGGCAGAAACUGGGGCACCUGUUGAGGUAGAACCACCCAUGACAGAAUUCGAGGACCAAGGUGAAUCUCUGAUGGACCCAGGAAAACCAGAGGCAGAGGAGGUUCUGGGAGAUUUCUCUCAGACUGCUGAGACCACUGAACAAGUGGAGGCACCCGAAGAGGACCAAGAAAUAUUUCAACAAGAGGAUCUUGUAGAAGUUCAACAAAGUGAGGACAAAAUUACUGCUCCUCCUCCACAGCCUGAGGAAGAAUUGGAGGAACCCACACCAGAGGAAGCAUCAGAACAGAUUGUUCAAGAUGUUGAGGAGGAGGCAGAGGAGAACAUGUCCUCUCCACCCGUCGACCCCCUCCAGUCGGACAGCCUGGUUCAGCCCCUGGUGGAGGAACUGGCCAUCACUAGGAGCCCCAGCUCCUCUGAGGGUGAAGUCGAGCAGGUAACACUCAAACAUUUCCUGAUAAUAUACAUGUGUAGCUGUCAUUCGCUGUACACUUGGAGUGUUUUAUUAGAUGUCCUCGUUCUGUCCCCAUUUACCGUACUUAAGAGGGAGUUUCUCCACGAUGACACAGGUGCUUGUUUACAAAGGAACAUCAGCCAACAUUCAGUGUUAACAACCACCACUCAAAACACGUAUUCCAGCAUGGUGAAAAAGUUGUAG